UGGCAGCUGUACUCGGAGCCGCACGGCCGCCCCUGGAUGGACGUUGGUGUGAUUGAUGUUCCCCUCUAGAGCGUGUUUCACAGACUCUCCGUUCACAGCAGUCUGAAUGUGUUUCCGCGGCUGGCGUCAGCUCCAACUCGCAGCGUUGCUCUUUCACUGCUCACAGCAAGAUAACAUAUUUGGGGAUCUCUAUUGCCAACUACUACAUUGCUCAUCAACGCUGAAAGUUACAGCUUUUUUUUUUACCGAUACCAUUACCUAUUUUGGGGAUAAUUAUUUAGGGAUUUUUUUUGUUUGUCGAUCUGUGAAGUUAGUUUCAGUUUUCGGUUUUCUCCGCGAUUGGGAUAUUAAGACCAGAAGACUAAUCUAACAACCAAGUCGUUCAUCAUGGGACAGAAGUCAGUCAGUACGAGGGGAGAGACAGAGACAUGCUGGUAGUCUGUGGUGGAGUCAAGAGCACAACAAAAGCUAAAUCUCCUUAUUUUUGUCUAUUCUGGCAAAUUAGUAUUCUAGUUAUAUAAUAGUGAACUUUUUACCCAUCAAUCGCCAUGGCCUCCAGCCUGACCUGUGCUGGUGUAAUCUGGACCCUCCUCUCCCUGCUCUGUGCCGCGGCCUCCUGUGUCGGCUUCUUCAUGCCUUACUGGCUGCUCGGUUCCCAGAUGGACAAGCCGGUCUCGUUCGGCACCUUCCGACGGUGCUCGUACCCGGUGCGCGACGAGGAGAGCCAGGCCACAGUGAUCCUGGAGCAGUGUGGGCGUUAUGCUUCCUUCCAGGGGAUACCUAGUCUGGAGUGGAGGAUCUGUACGGUGGUGACGGGCGUGGGCUGUGGUCUGCUGCUCCUGGUGGCCCUCACAGCCCUCAUGGGAUGUUGCAUCUCUGAUCUCAUCUCCAGGACCAUCGGACGUGUGGCCGGGGGAAUACAGUUCGUUGGAGGUCUGCUGAUAGGGUCUGGCUGUGCUCUCUACCCGCUGGGCUGGGACAGUGAGGAGGUCCGACAGACCUGCAACAACACCUCCGACCAGUUUGAACUGGGUUCCUGUGAGAUUGGCUGGGCCUACUACUGUACGGGUGCUGGGGCCGCUGCAGCAAUGCUGCUGUGUACCUGGAUGGCCUGUUUCUCAGGGAAGAAACAGAAGCAGUACCCCUACUAGAUGAACCAGUUGGGGGAGGAGAGGAGGGGGUACCCCUACUAGAUGAACCAGUUGGGGGAGGAGGAGGAGAGGAGGGGGUACCUCUACUAGAUGAACCAGUUGGGGGAGGAGAGGAGGAGAAGGGGUAGCCCUACUAGAUGAACCAGUUGGGGGGGGAGAGAGGAGAAGGGGUAGCCCUACUAGAUGAACCAGCUGGGGGAGAGGAGGAGAAGGGGUAGCCCUACUAGAUGAACCAGCUGGGGGAGGAGGGGGAGGAGGGGUAGCCCUACUAGAUGAACCAGCUGGGGGAGGAGGGGGAGGGGUAGCCCUACUAGAUGAACCAGCUGGGGGAGGAGAGGAGAAGGGGUAGCCCUACUAGAUGAACCAGCUGGGGGAGGAGAGGAGAAGGGGUAGCCCUACUAGAUAAACCAGCUGGUGGAGGAGGAGAAGGGGUAGCCCUACUAGAUGAACCAGCUGGUGGAGGAGAAGGGGUAGCCCUACUAGAUGAACCAGCUGGGGGAGGAGAGGAGAAGGGGUAGCCCUACUAGAUAAACCAGCUGGUGGAGGAGGAGAAGGGGUAGCCCUACUAGAUGAACCAGCUGGUGGAGGAGGAGAAGGGGUAGCCCUACUAGAUGAACCAGCUGGUGGAGGAGGAGAAGGGGUAGCCCUACUAGAUGAACCAGCUGGUGGAGGAGAAGGGGUACCCCUAUUAGAUUAACUAGCUGGGGGAGGGAGGAGGAGAAGGGGUAGCCCUUCUCCUCCUCCUGAGAUGCGAAGGAGCACCCUUACUAGAAGAACAUCCCAAAUGACACCCGAUUCCCUAUAGAGUGUGUUACUUUUGACCAGAGCCCUAUGGCCACUGGGGGAUAAUACUGCACUAUAAAGGGAAUAGAGUGGCAUUUGGAAGGUAUCCUAGAGGAGCCACUUGGUGGGAGGAAAGAGAAGAGACAGGCCUACAGACUACUACAGACUAUUAGAGAAUACUGUAGGCUACUACAGACUAUUACAGGCCUACAGGCUACUACAUCAUACUACUACAGACUACUACAGACUACUUAAAGGCUACUGCAGG